UACCCAGUCGCUCUUUUGACUUCGCCCCAGGCUUUCAGCCCCCCACACUCUUUUACAUACUUAGGCAGCCUCACCCGCUCCUUCGUCACCAACUCUCACAACCAACCCAAGUCACUCACUCACGUUCAUUUCUUCACCCUCCACACCUCUUUUUAUAAUUCCUAAAAACCACCUUCAAAAUGCAGUUCUCCGCCGCCGCUGUCCUGGCCUUUGUUGCCACCGCCGUUGCCCAGACCACUGGCUUCGACUCCGUCUUCGUCCCCGCCUCCGGCGAGGUUGUCCCUGCUGGUUCCAGCUUCACCAUUGAGUGGACUGCUCCCGCUCCCUACAACGAUGCCGACGACCUUGUCACCAUCGGCCUCAUUGGUGGUGCCACCCAGAACACCCAGGUUCCUCUCCUGACCGUUGCCACUGGUGUCAAGAACGCCGGAGGAUCCUACACCUGGUCCGUUCCCGCUGAUCUCGGUGAGCUCGCCUUCUACGGCCUCACCUUCACUCUCGAGAGCGACACCAGCAUCAUGCAGUACUCCAACCCCUUCACCAUCGGUGCCAGCACCGUCAAGGAGAGCACCACCAAGGCUGCCACCGAGGCCACCUCCACCCUGAGCUCCGCCUACGGUGUCAAGACCAUCAGCCUGUCCAGCCAGCCCGCCGCCUACACCACCGUUGUCCCCGUUUACGAGACCACCACUGUCCCCUGCACCAACAGCACCACCACCCCCGCUGCCUACGUCCCCCCUCCCGCUGCUCCCACCACCGUUGUCAGCGUCCCCUCUAACGGCACCUGGACCACCGCUGUUGUCCCCGUCGUCAGCACCACUGGCUCUUACCCUGCUGCUACCACCCCUGCCGUCGUCACCGGUGCUGGUGCCCGCGUCGGCGCCUCUAUGGCCGUCGUCGCUGGUCUCGUCGUUGCCGUCCUUGCUCUGUAAGCGGAGUAACACGGCUGGUUCGUCUUGGUUUCUACGUGGUGUCAUGACUGCAUGACUGCAUUUAGAGGGUUCCUUGUUUCUGGAAUGGAAAGCAGUCUGGGUAUUUGGCCUUUUCGCGCACAUACGUUUUGGUUUCCGAUAUGGAAGGAAAGGUAUUCAGGAUUGUUAAUGUAUUAUGGAUAAAACAGAAAAGCCCAUCUGGGUUCUUUGUCUCUCAAGCCUCCUGACGUAGCAUGCC